AUGACUUUGGGCAUCCGCAAGAAGGAACAUCAAAAUCAUCGAGCAACUCUCGGUAUGAGAAUAUUGAGAGAGAAAAUUCUGUCCUCUGUUAAACAAGGACGGUGUUCGUUCUCUCCAAAAUUCAAUACCACACUUACUGAUCUGACACGUAAUGAUGAUGGAAAUUCAUCAUCAUUACUCUCCUCUUUAUUUUGGAAUCAUGAUACGAAAAGUACUUGUGCAACAACAGGGCCGAUCAUUAGUGAAAAUACCCGGAAAUUAAUUGUAUCGGAAACUAUUGUGGCCAAAGAUGAUAUCGAUUUCAAAAACAAAUUUGGAGUCUUGUUCAAACAAUACUCAUACAAUACAGGACACCAUCAAAAGAUUCCGUAUGGCACUAGAAGGAAAACUCUCAACAAAACAACAGUGAGGGAUUUACCCAUGUUAGUGACUUGUUUAGAUAUGGAGUGGAAUAGUUUCCAAACUGUUUUGAACGCUGCAACAGUGAUUCGAAAAUUACUUUCCAUUGAAAGAAACCCUCCGAUUAAUGAAGUCAUUCAAUCAGGUGCCAUGGAAUAUUUUAUUCAAUUUUUGGAUUUCAAUGAAAUUCAAAAAUAUUUCAAUGUCGAGUUUCAAUCGUCACAAAUUCCAAAACCUUUUUCUCAGAUUUAUAGACAUGUACCAGGGCAAAGAACAAUCACUGAACGUCAACUCUAUGAUUUACUUUUGGAAAGCGCGUGGGCCGUAACGAACGUGGCGUCAGGAACCCACGACCACACCACUUACGUAGUUGAAAUGGGUGCUAUUUCAAAAUUCAUUCAAUUAAUGCCAGUCGAGAAUGAUGAAGUUCGUUGUCAGGUGAUUUGGGGAAUGGGAAACAUUGCAGGAGAUAGUUGCUCACUGAGAGAUCUUGUGUUGGAAAUGGGAGCUAUGUCAUUAUUGCUACACGAACUUGAUAAACCUGGAAAUACACUAUCUUUCCAACGAAACGCAACAUGGGCCCUUUCAAAUUUUUUGAGAGGAAAACCUGUUCCUUCAUUCGAAUAUGUCAAGCAAUGCAUUCCAACUAUUUGCAAUUUGCUAGAUGAGAAAGAUGAAGAGGUUUUAACGGACGCUUGUUGGGCUGCAUCUUAUGCAACCGAUGGACCAAUGGAACGAUUACAAGCGUGCGUCGAUCAGGGGUUUAUUCCAAGGUUGAUCAAGCAUGUUAAGUCACCUUACCCAUCAAUUCAAACGCCUGCACUUAGAACAAUUGGAAAUAUUCUCACAGGUGACGAUACUCUUACUCAAGCAGUACUCUCUGCUAAUUCUGGAGAGGUGAUUUAUUGUUUGAAAUCUUUACUGGAUCAUCCAAAACAGUCGUUAAGAAAAGAAGCUAUGUGGACAAUUUCCAAUAUUGCUGCUGGCACUAUCUCACAAAUUCAGCAACUUAUUGAUGCUGGAGUCGUUCCAAAAAUUAUUGAGAAGCUUGGUGAUGAAUACACAGUCCAGAAAGAAGGUUAUUGGGGUUUAUCAAAUAUUUGUGAUUGUGGAUCAAGAUCACAAAUUGAAUAUGUUGUGAAGUGUGGAGGUGUUAAUCAACUUGUUAAGGGCCUUAACAAAUUACAAGAUCCAAAGGUUACCUAUGCUGUCAUGGAAGGCUUGGAGGCCGUAUUGAGAAAAUAUGACAAGGGAGAUGCGUCUCAACCUAUCACAGAUAUCCUUUAUAUCAUUGAACAAGAAGGUGGCGUUGAAGUUCUAGAGAAGCUUGAAAAGCACUACUCUGAAGACGUUUCCCGUCUUGCCCAAACAUUAUUGGAUUAUUUCGAUCAGGAAGGAGAGGAAAAUGAGGACGUUCAGACUGUUCACAACCCUUCAACAAACUUGGCGUAA